UAGGCAACAUCGCAGUUUGAGUAACAGCAGCAGUUCGAUAGUUGAAUCGAAAACAUCUCCACUGAACACUUUUUCUUUGCAGUUGGGGUGAAUAUCGAAUCGUCAUGGCUGGCAACACGUUGAACGAGCUCAAAGCAAAUUUACACGAAGCGUUCCAGAGCGACCCGGUGGACAUGGAUCACGUCAAGGAUCUCAUGGAACGCUACAGUAGCAAUCCGGCUGAUUGGGGGAAAUUCGCUAUAUUUGAUAGCACCCAUUACACCCGAAUUUUGGUGGACGAAGGUAAUGGCAAAUUCAAUUUGAUACUCCUCUGCUGGGGACCGGGUCAAGGUUCGCCCAUUCACGAUCACGCCGACGCUCAUUGCUUCAUGAAAAUGCUAGACGGCACGCUGAAAGAAGUCCGCUACGACUGGCCCUCCGGUAGCAACGCCCAAGAAUUGCACGAAACGAGUUCUACGGUGCUGAAAGUGAAUGAAGUUAGCUACAUUAAUGAUUCAAUCGGAUUGCAUCAAGUGGGAAAUACAAGUGACAAAGGGGCAGUUUCGUUGCACUUGUACAGCCCACCUUACAGCAAAUGUCACACGUUCAAGCCUCAGACGGGUGAAAAGUCUGAGGCCAACAUUACGUUCUGGAGCAAGUUUGGCGACCGCGUCGUUCCAUUGACGACGACUAAUCAAUCGUGUUGGAGUCCGGCGGCGACCAACUGCGACGGCUGCAAAUAGGAAUCAUUAUACGUAAGAGAAGAACGCGCCGUCAACGACUAGCAUCAGUUGAAACUAAUGAGUGACCUUUUACUACUACAAUUUUUAAUUUGGGGACCAAGCCCUUAUCAUAAAAAAUAAAUUUUAGUAGCUAUUAGCGAAUCGAAACCAUUAUGAUUGUUAUCCUUUUUUUUUGUCUUACAAUCAAUGAUUUUCUUUUAUUUUAAAAUUUGCGUGUUUGUAGCGUGGCGAAAAAUUGCGGGUGUUGGGCAAUGGACAGGCGCAAUAAAAGAAGAACAAAUUAAAAUAAACGACCCUUGAAAAAAAAUACUCCACUUUUUCUUACGCUAAAAAAUUGGAUUGGACACGUUCAAGGUGAAAUAUACAGUCUAAUCCGUUGUUGAGAUAUUGUUUGAUCAAAAGGGUAUUAUAAAUUAUUACAUGAUACGCGAUGUCCAUUGCUUAUAGAAACAGUCGGUGAGUACGUACAGUAUGUUCUAUAAUAAAAUACAGAUAUAUUUAAUAUGUUUUCGUCACACUCGCAUUUCUGAUGUCGUUCGUAUCUUUACUAGCAGAAAUAAAAUAUAAAAUAACGUCGUUUUCCUGUUCUAUUUGAAGUUGCGUCAUUUUUUUUAUCAACGGAGUAUGCACACGUUAUUAAUUUGAAUCGAAAGUGUCGGUUCCUGAUUUUAAAAUCAAGUGCGAGUCUCAUCGUCCGUCUCAAAAGUCCGUCAGUUGGAAAAAUAAAGUAGUA